GGAUUGAAAAAAAAAAAGAGAGAAAAGAAGCGAAGCGACCAAAUAGUUGAUUUGAAUCUUUCGCAGAAACGACAAAGAAAAAGAAAAACAAAUCAAUAAUUCCUCUUCUUCCUGCUGUUCAGUGCUAUUGGGGGCUGGGUAUUCCGAUCACCGGAUAAAUGGUUCCGGUGGCCGGACCUUUUGCAGAAAAACCCACGAAUUCCCUUUAAUUUACGCGAUAUACCAAGCUUAAUGGAUUCUGAGGAGGCCUCUGCGAAGGGCAGCGUGGCCAAUUUAAUACUCCGGUGGUCUCUGUGUCUCCUUCUCCCUAUCCUUGCUUUCUUUUCACUAUCGCUUUUCGUCGCUUUCGUCGCCGUUUUCGUCGCCGAUUCCUCAAUUCCUAGCCCAAUUUCCGUGCCCUCUCAGUGCAGGAUCGUCUCAAGCAGUGUUGAUCUUAAGUCAUCUAAGGUGUGUGAGCUUGGAUUGUUCAAUUAUAAAGCCAAGCAUGUGUUUUAUCCUUUUGAGGGAAGAAGAUUUCGUUGCCGUUAUGAUUACUACUGGGCUUCAAUUUUUAAGGUGGAAUACAAAGAUCAGUCUUCUGGUCAGACUCAGCUUGCAUUAGCUGAGGCUCCAGAUGAGGCCCUUCCUCUUAAUUGCAGACCUAAUUUUGGUGCUGCAUGGCUGACCAAAGACAAAUUCAAGGUCAAUGAAACUUAUGACUGCUGGUACACAUAUGGCAUUUCCAAAGUAAGCUUAUAUCAUGAUGGUUUCUUCAGUUGCCAAGCUAAAGAUCCGUCUACAUUUGAGAUGAUUAGAAGAUAUUGCAUCUUGGCGACGAAGAUUUUACACGCCUGGAUUUUCAGCCAGAAACGAAGCGUGUUUUGCAGGUGGGAAACCAUAGCUGGAGUUGUUAGUGGGUUUUCAACUUCUAUCAUCUCCAUAUUCUUUGUUAGACUCCUGCAGCAAAUGAAAUUUCGGUUGCCUCAGAUUUUGGCUGCAAGAGUGCGUACUAUCAGUUUCAGGCGCACUUGUUUACUUGUGGCAUACAUCUCUUUUGUGGGUUGGCUGGCUAUCCAGUAUGGGAAAAGGCUCGGCCUCCCGGAGAUCAUCGUUCUUCUUAAGAACUCUUGAGAAGUAGGCAGCAGAGUUUAUUGAGAAGUGCUAAUUCCAUUUUCGUCUGCAAGGUGUUCGGUCCUAGAUUCUACAAAUUUGGAGUUGCAGCAACGGAGCUUAUCAUUCCCCUGUACAAUGAUAUACGAUUUGAGUGGGCACCGAAUGUGCUUAAAUAUCAUCUUGUUGAAUAGAAUAUAUUGAGCUCAGAUAGAGAUUGUAUAGGCAAACUUACCUGGAGAUAAAAGAGCGAUAAUCUUAUAUAUGAUUUGUGUAUAAGUAUCUCACUGAAUUUCAUCUAUUUUUCUACACCGAAAUUCGAAUAAUCUGUUGUCUAAUGUUUUAUUUGUGCUA